GUGAUCAACGCGGAACAGGUGAAAACGAAAGUAACAAGGGAAGAUAAGCUAAAUCGCGCACAGGAAUUUUCCAUCAAUUUUAUGUCGAACGGAUUUCCCUCAAGACGCUGAGGAUGCUGUUGGUGGAAAUUAAGCAGGAAGAUUAGCAUUAGCUGUGUCCAGUCACGUGACCAUGGAGAAUGAGGAGCCCACCACUGAUGGACAUCAGGGGGUCAGCACAGGACGACCUUAUCCAGGGCCACAGACACACAGACCAGUGUCUCCAGUGCCCAGCUGUGUGUCCAUGAAGAGUGACUGCUCCAUGGAUAAACCUCUCUAUUUCAGCAGUGGACCACCACAGCAUUAUCCAAAACCACAGACACACAGACCAGUGUCUCCAGUGCCCAGCUGUGUGUCCAUGAAGAGUGACUGGUCCAUGGAUAAACCUCUCUAUUUCAGCAGUGGACCACCACAGCAUUAUCCAAAACCACAGACACACAGACCAGUGUCUCCAGUGCCCAGCUGUGUGUCCAUGAGGAGUGACUGGUCCAUGGAUAAACCUCUCUAUUUCAGCAGUGGACCACCACAGCAUUAUCCAAAACCACAGUCACACAGACCAGUGUCUCCAGUGCCCAGCUGUUUGUCCAUGAGGAGUGACUGGUCCAUGGAUAAACCUCUCUAUUUAGGCAGUGGACCACCACAGUCUUAUCCAAAUGGUUUAAGGAACAUCCUGACCCAGGAUCAGUUCAGGUGUGGAGUGUGUGAGCAGCUACUGAGGGACCCAGUCGUCACCAGCUGUGGACACAGUUUCUGCAGGCAGUGCAUCAGCACCUACUGGAGCCAAUCUGGUCCAUCAGGAGACUACAACUGUCCCCAAUGCAGACAGAUACCCAGGACACAACGCCUUCUAAACCCUGACACAACUAUGAUACAACCACUUUUAUACCCACCUACAGCCAUGGUACAACCUCAUCUAUACCCACCUACAGCCAUGGUACAACCUCACCUAUAUCCACCUACAGCCAUGGCGCAACCACACCUAUACAUACCUACAGCCAUCGCACAGCCUCACCUGCACCAGUCUUCAGCUAUGGCACAGCCUCACCUACACCUAUCUAAAGCCAUUGCAGAACUUUACCUAUACCCAUCUACAGCCAUGACACAACCUCACCUAGACCCAACUACAGGCAUGCUACAGCUUUCAUCAUACCAGCACAGUGAAAUGGCACUUCAUCUGAACCCGUCUGCAAACAUGGCACAAGUUCCUCCAUACCCACACACAGACAGGGGACAGCGUCCUCAGUACUCAAACUCAGCCAUGGGGCAGCAUAAUCAUCCACACAUCCAGCACCCUCUUUAUCCACACAUGCACACGGCACAGAUCUCUCCACAGCCUCCCUUAGAUCAGCACACAGUCAUGACAGGCAGCACCCAUCUGCAAACUGAGCAUGAUCCAGUCAAAAGGGCAGAACCAACAGAUGUCCAUGUCCUGAACAGAGUAAGGAUGAUUCAUAAAGCCAGUAUGAAGAGGAGAUUUGAGAGCAUAUGUGAAGGCAUUAUAAGGUCAGGGACACAAACACUCCUGAACAAGAUCUACACAGAGCUCUACAUCACAGAGGGAGAGAGUGAAGGGGUGAAUAAUGAGCAUGAGGUUUGGCAGGUAGAGUCAGCAUCCAGGCCACAAGCCACAGAAGACACAGCAAUCAACUGUAAUGAUAUCUUCAAGCCCUUACCUGAACAAGAGAGACACAUCAGAACUGUGAUGACCAAGGGAAUUGCUGGCAUUGGUAAAACCGUCUCAGUGCAGAAGUUUAUCCUUGACUGGGCAGAGGUGAAAGCAAACCAGGAUAUAGAUUUUAUGUUUGUGCUUCCAUUCCGUGAGCUGAAUUUCGUCAAACAUGAUCAGUACAGUCUUCACAGGCUCCUGCUUGACUUCCACCCUGAGCUUAGGGAGCUACAGGAUGGUAAAUAUAAAGACUGCCACAUUGUGUUCAUCUUUGAUGGUCUGGAUGAGAGUCGACUCCCAUUGAAUUUCCAAGGGAACCAGAAGUUGUCUGAUGUGACACAAACAUCGUCAGUGGAUGUGCUGAUGACGAGCCUCAUUCAAGGAACUCUGCUUCCCUCUGCUCUCAUCUGGAUAACCUCCCGACCAGCAGCAGCCAGUCAGAUCCCUUCUCACUCCAUCAAUCAGGUGACAGAAGUACGAGGAUUCAAUGACCCACAGAAGGAGGAGUACUUCAGGAAGAGAGUCAGUGACCAGAAUCAAGCCAACAGAAUCAUCUCACAUAUUAAGACAUCCAGAAGUCUCCACAUCAUGUGCCACAUGCCAGUCUUCUGUUGGAUCUCAGCCACUGUCCUUCAGCAGAUACUGGAACAGGAUGAUGGGAAGGAAGCCCCCAAAACUCUGACUGAGAUGUUCAUACACUUCCUGCUCAUCCAGACCACCAGGAAGAACCAGAAGUAUAAAGAGAAAAGUGUCACAAAUAGACAAUGGCUCCGGGGAUUACACAAGGGUGUCAUAUUGAAACUGGCAGAGCUGGCUUUCAAGAAUCUCGAGAAUGGCAAUCUCAUGUUCUAUGAGGAAGACCUGAGAGUGUGUGGCAUUGAUGUCAGUGAAGCCUCUGUGUACUCUGGCAUGUGCACUGAGAUCUUCAGGGAGGAAUGUGUGUUUUACCAGAAGAAGGUCUACUGUUUUGUGCAUCUGAGCAUCCAGGAGUUUCUUGCUGCACUUCAUUUGUUUGCCUCCUAUUUGAGUAAGAACACGAAGGUCCUGAAACAAUUUUUUAGCAGAAAGUCCAAGCCUUUGCCAGAUAUGCCUCUAGAUGAGCUGCUGAAGAAUGCAGUGAUAAAAGCUUUGGAAAGCAAGAAUGGACACCUUGAUUUGUUCGUUCGCUUCCUUCAUGGCAUUUCUCUGGUGCCAAACCAGAGACUUUUGAUAGGCCUCCUGACAGACACACACAGCAGCCCAGAGAGUGUGGAGAAAACAAUCAAGAACCUGAAGGAGAUGCAUAGGCCAAAUGUCUCCCCUGAGAGGUGCAUCAAUCUGUUCCACUGCCUGGUGGAAAUGCAUGACUCUUCUGUUCAUGAUGACAUCCAGGCUUUCCUGAAGGCAGAGAAAGGUGCCGUGAAACGGCUCUCACUGGCUCACUGCUCAGCCUUGGCUCACAUGCUUCUGAUGUCUGAGGAGGUGCUGGAUGAGUUUAAUCUGAACAAAUACAACGCCUCAGAUGAGGGACGGAGGAGACUGAUGCCAGCUGUGAGAUGCAGCAGAAAGGCUCUACUUGCUGGCUGUAAGCUAACAGAGAAGUCCUGGGAAAUUGUGAUCUCAGCUCUGCAGUCUGCAAACUCCCCCUUAAGAGAGCUGGACCUGAGUCAGAAUGACCUGCAGGCGUCAGGAGAAAAGCUGCUCUCUGCUCUACAGAGUCCAAACUGCAAACUGGAGAGUCUAAGACUUGUCGGCUGUGGACUCACUGAGGAGUCUGGUGAUAUUUUGGGCUUUGCUCUGCAGUCAGUAAACUCCCACCUGAGAGAGCUGGACCUGAGUAAGAAUUCUCUGGGGGAUUGUGGUGGAAAGCUGGGCUCUGAAGCACUGAAUCCACACUGUACGAUGGAGACACUCAGACUUGCUGGUUGUAAACUGACAGAGGAAUCCUGUGAGGUUGUAGCCUCUGCUGUGCAGCACAUGGUCUCCCUGACAGAACUGGACCUGAGUGACAAUCACAUAAGCAUCACUGGAAUUCAGCGUCUGAGUUCACUGAAAAGUGACAACAACUGUAAGCUGCAGAUGUUGAGACAUGCCCGUGGAGAACUGAGAAACUAUGCCUGUGAGCUCACGCUGGACCCAAACACAGCACACAGACGUCUCUCUCUCUCUGAGGGGAACAGAAAGGUGACACGUGUGGAUCAGCAGCAGCCGUAUCCUGACCACCCAGAGAGAUUUGACUCCUACUACUCUCAGGUGCUGUGUAGAGAGGGUCUGACUGGACGCUGCUACUGGGAGGUUGAGUCGAGUGGUGGUGGGGUUUAUAUAGCAGUGGCCUAUAAGAGCACCCCGAGAUCACAGAGGAGUGGGAUUGACAGUGAGUUUGGAUUUAAUGGCAAGUCCUGGAGACUGGACUGCUCUGGUAACAGUUACUCUGUCUGGCACAAUAGUAAGCAGACUGCCAUACGUGCCCCCUCCUCCCGCUCCAGCAGAGUAGGAGUGUACCUGGACUGGCCAGCAGGCACGCUGUCCUUCUACAGCGUCUCCUCUAACACACUCACCCACCUGCACACGUUCCACUCCACAUUCACUGAGCCCCUCUAUCCUGGGUUUUAUGUUAUCUCCUCAGUGUUCCUGUGCCAGAUCACAUGACCUCCUAAUCCUGCAGCAGAGGAGAGCCACACACACCUGUUUACACACUCCUGUGUGUGUUUGUUUGUGUGUGUGUGUGUGUGUGUGUCUCUCUUGUUCAUCAUAUGUGUUGCCUCUUCCCUCUGACUGUGUUUUCUUCUCCCUCAAUUUCUCUUACUCUGUGUGUGUGUGUGUGGUGUGUGUGUUGCCCCUGUUCCCCUGCUGUGUGUGUGUGUGUGUGUGUGUGUGUGUGUGUGUGUGUGUGUGUGUGUGUGUGUGUGUGUGUGUGUGUGUGUGUGUGUGUGUGUGUGUGUGUGUGUGUGUGUGUGUGUGUGUGUGUGUGUGUGUGUGUGUGUUCCUCCUCCUGCCUCCUUUCUGUACCGGUCACUGUUCUCACUGUAUUCACUCACACUGACACACACUCACACACACUAACACACACACACACACACACGUACACACACUCACACACUCACACACUCUCACACUGACUCUCUCUCUCUCACACACACAUACACACACAUACACAUGCACGCACUCACUCUCACACACACUCACACUCACUGUUCUCACUGUGACUCUCUCUCUCUCACACACACAUACACACACAUGCACACACACACACACACACACACACACACACACACACACACACACACACACACACACUCAC